AUGGCGACCCGCGACAACUUUACGCUCUAUGGCUUCAUUCUACCUGGAAGCUCACCACUCCUCGAUCCUCGUAACUUCUACGCCUUUUGCGGGUCGCUCUUCAUCCUACAUGCCGCGUUCCACUUCCUUUCUAACACCAUCUUUGCCGGAGAGGAGAAGGAGAAGCACAAGGCACGCUCAUGGAUUCUUACAACGAUUGCCGGAUUCGUGAUGAGCGUGGCCAGUUUGCCUUAUCUAUAUGACCUGUGCGCGUACGCAUUCGACUUCACACGUGUCAAGCCCCGCCUUCAAGUCCUUGCGGACCCUCUAGCGUGCUUCUUUAUGGCUUACCUGACCAGCGAUCUCGUGCUAGGCUCCAUUUACUACAGGAAGUUUAUCAACAUUGCAAGCGGCUGGGUGCACCACACCGCGUAUACUGGCUUGUUCCUCUACAUCUUGCAUAAACGAUGGACCUACAUUGCGGGAGCUGGCGCCAUCUUCGAAUUGCCGACGUUCAUUAUGGGCAUGGCCAGCAUGUUUCCGAGGCUUCGGUCCAACCGUGGCUUUACGAUUAGCUUUUUCCUUACGCGCGUUUUCUUCCACGCCGGCCUUAUCUGCAUGCUUGCGACCGCCAAAGGGCGAUCUGCGCCGUUUGUUGAUGGGGGAAUUGGGCCGUGCCUCUUCCUCGCGCUACCAUUCCCAAUGCACCUCUGGUGGGGCUACAAGGCAAUUCGCAGCAUGCAGCGGCGGAUGGCCAAGCGCAAGCUGGAAAUGAUGAUGCGGCUGGAUUCGGAUACCUCGUUCGCCGUCGCUGCAGGACAGUUCUUCAACGGAGUCGCACCCCCAGACGUGUCUUCUGCAUUCAACACGCCUGCUACAACGCCCGGUGCAGAUUCCCGUGCGCAGACCAACUUGGGCCCGACGAGCCCAGUGAAUGGCGCGUUCCCCAAAGCCAUCGCUGCUGCAAGCAAGACGGUGCGGCCCAUGCGACUAUUCAUCGGCAAGCGCGACAAGUCUUCCACCUCUCGAGCGUCCACUGCUCCGAGCAGUCGCGCGAUGUCAUCGCACAUCGAGAUCACUCAGAAUCCCUUCACCGCGCCGAUCGCACCCGAGGGCGUCGAGAUGGACGAUGUCCACAAAGAACCAUUCUUGGCCAUCCGCAGUCCGGCCGAGACGUCCGAUCGCGCGCGCCGUCUGAUCGCCGAUGCAGUGCGCAAGGCGUGGAACAACGCGCCCGAGGCGUGGCGAAGGCAGGUGGAGAGGGAAGCCCGCAUGCGCUCGCCUCGGUUACUGCUCUCGCGUGGUGGCGCCUCCGUCUAUCAGACCACCACUGCGACGGGCACCAGCACCGGUACCAGCGCGAGCGACAUGACUUCCUCGGAAGAUGAACCGGACCGCAUGUUCGACGCACCUAGCGAGCUCUUUGUUACCAGCAUCAGCGGCUGCGCCCACGUCGCCGACCCCUCCGCCACUGCGAGUGCAACGGUCGAGGACAUCCAGCGCGAGCGCGGGCAAAGCGCUGCGGCGCGGCGCGCCCUCAUCCGCGCCGUCCGACGUGCGAUCAAUGGCCGCAACUCGGAUGGAGGCAUACCAUCUGAGCGAUGCGACCAGUCUGGCGAGGCUCGCGCGCUGUCGCCAGUGGACUUUUCGGUGCUGUUGCGACGGCUGCCGCCAGACUUCUGGUCGCAGAGCUACGAGAUACGCGAGUUCCCCGUUGAGAGAGACGGUAGCGAUAGUCGACGCAAGCGGCUCAUGGGUCAGAUUCGUAGACGAAUGCAGGUUGCCAGGAGGGACGUCAUGGUUUUCGAGUAG